UUGCGUUCUCCUAAUCCUUUCCACUGCUGCUGGUGCGUGUAAAAUUGCACCACAUUGUGUCGUUGCCAAAAUCUUCGAAAGGUUUGCCAAGAAAAACAGUGAUUUCGCGAGCAAUUAGCGUUUAAAUCUGUCGCAAUGCCACCGAAGAAGAAGGGAGGAAAAAAGAAUCAGGACUGGGAAGAUGACGAACCCGAACAGCCGCAGCAGAAAACAGUCGAGCCGUCGAAGCCCUCUGGUAAGGGUAAGGGAAAGGGGAAAGCUGUCAACGUGGAUUCCGAUGAGGACGUUCCUGUCCCGAAGGGGAAAAAGGCAGCACCGGCCGCAGCUGCAGCGCCCCAGAAGAAGGGAGCCAAGGGUAAGAAAGGUAAGGGCAAGAAUGAUAACUGGAGCGAUGACGAUGAUAGCAGCAAGGAAAUGAAGUUGGCCAAGGAAGAGCCGGAGGACGACGAGGUGAGUGUGAAACCGGUUCAGAAGAAAAAGCAAGCGGCAAAGGGAAAGAAAGCUGGUAAAAAGGAUGACGAUUGGUCCGACAGGGAGGAAAAGGAAAUCAAGCUGGAUUUGGAUUCGGAGGAUGAGCAAGAUAUUGUGAUGAGCAGCAAAGCGAACAAAAAGAAGGGAAAGGCAGCAAAAGUUGUGAAGAAGGUCUCCAGCGAGGAAGAGGACAGUGAAGACGAGAGCGAGGAGGAACCAAUACCGGUUCCAAUUAAGAGUGGUAAAAAUGCUAAGAAAGCAGGCAAAGGCAAGAAGGUGGAAUCAGAGGAAGAAAGUGAAUCCGAACCUGAGCCAGUGAAGGUUCAAGAGCCUAAGUCAUUAAAGGUUAAGGAGCCUGAGCCAUUGAAGGUUAAGGAUCCUGAGCCGCUGAAGGUUAAGGAUCCUGAGCCGUUGAAGGCGAAGGAGCCUGAGCCAAAGCCGGACCCAGUGCCUGAGAAGAAGGAAACUAAAAAGCAGAAAGAGCCUGAGCCUAAACCCGAACCAACACCAAAGCCAGAGGAGGAAAAGAAUGAGGCCGAUGUAGAAGAUCUGGCUGAUAAGGUCGAAGAGAUGGGCAUCACGAAGGAAAAGAAAUUAACGCACAAAGAGAAGAAGAAAUUAAAGCAGCAGGAAGAAUUCCAAAAACAACAGGAAGCAAUGACCCGCAAGGGCGGUCAAGGCCAUUCCGAUUUGGAUAGUAAUUUUACAAUGUCUCAGGCGCAGAAGAGCGGAAACCAAAGCAAGCACAUGGAACACGCCGUCGAUAUUAAGAUUGAGAACUUUACGAUUUCUGCUAAGGGAAACGAUCUUUUUGUAAAUGCCAAUCUGCUGAUUGCUCAUGGUCGCCGGUACGGUUUAGUUGGUCCCAAUGGUCACGGCAAAACCACGCUGCUUCGUCACAUUGCUAACCGUGUCUUCGCCAUUCCACCGAAUAUUGAUGUGCUGCUUUGUGAGCAGGAAGUCGUUGCCGAUGAAACCUCCGCAGUAGACACCGUUUUGAAAGCCGACGUCAAACGAACGGCCUUGCUCAAGGAGUGCAAAGAACUCGAAGAUCAAGUGGAAGCAGGGAAGAUCGAACUACAGGACCAUCUGCAAGAAGUGUAUAACGAACUGAAAGCAAUCGGAGCCGAUUCAGCGGAACCUCGCGCUCGUCGUAUUCUUGCCGGUUUGGGUUUCUCGCGUGCCAUGCAGAAUCGUGCCACAAAAGACUUUUCCGGAGGUUGGCGAAUGCGCGUUUCCCUCGCUCGGGCUCUCUUCAUCGAGCCGACACUACUGAUGCUCGAUGAACCUACGAACCAUUUGGAUUUGAACGCCGUCAUUUGGUUGGACAACUAUCUGCAGACCUGGAAGAAGACUUUGCUGAUCGUAUCUCACGACCAGAGUUUCUUGGACAACGUGUGCAACGAGGUGAUCCACCUGGACACUAAAAAGCUGUAUUACUACAAGGGUAACUAUUCCAUGUUCAAGAAGAUGCAUGUCCAGAAGCGUCGUGAGAUGAUCAAAGAGUACGAGAAGCAAGAGAAACGAAUCAAAGAUCUGAAGGCGCACGGUCAAUCAAAGAAGGCAGCUGAGAAGAAACAGAAGGAGAAUUUGACUCGCAAGCAGGAGAAGGGUAAAAGUAAGUCCCAAAAAACGGAAGAAAACGAGGGACCGGUUGAACUAUUAUCAAAACCGAAGGACUACAUUGUCAAGUUUAAUUUCCCGGAUCCACCACCAUUGCAGCCACCGAUUCUGGGAUUACACAAUGUCAACUUCAAUUUCCCAGGACAGAAACCGCUAUUUAUUGGGGUGGAUUUUGGUAUCGAUAUGAGCAGCCGAGUGGCCAUCGUUGGACCGAACGGAGUGGGCAAAUCAACCUUCCUGAAACUGUUAGUCAGCGACUUGGAACCAUGUACGGGUGAAGUGAAGAGUAACCACCGGCUCCGGAUUGGGCGUUUCGACCAACAUUCGGGUGAGCACCUAACUGCGGAGGAAAGCCCUGCCGAAUAUCUGCAGCGAUUGUUUAAUCUACCUUACGAAAAAUCUCGUAAGGCUCUGGGAACAUUCGGUCUGGCCAGCCAUGCUCAUACUAUCAAAAUGAAGGAUUUAUCCGGUGGACAAAAAGCUCGUGUAGCCCUCGCUGAACUGUGCCUCAACGCCCCAGAUGUGUUGAUUCUUGAUGAACCCACCAACAACUUGGACAUCGAAUCGAUUGACGCCCUGGCGGAAGCGAUCAACGAGUACAAGGGAGGAGUCAUAAUCGUUUCCCACGACGAGCGUCUUAUCCGAGAAACGGAAUGUUCUCUUUACGUCAUCGAGGAACAGACAAUCAACGAGGUGGACGGAGGUUUCGAUGAUUACCGAAAGGAGGUUUUGGAUAGUCUAGGAGAGGUCAUCAACAACCCCAGCAUAUCGGCCAACGCCGCUGUGCUGCAGUAAUAACCUUAACCGCUUUGUUGUUGCACUCGUUCAUUAUUAUCUAUAUUAUAUUUUAAACAUUUUUUUUCUAAUUCAAUAAACAUACAUUAAGCUAGGUCAA